AAAUAAAACACUCGUAAUGAGGAGGCGCGAUCAUGGCGGACGUGUUGAGUGUUCUUCGCCAGUACAAUAUCCAGAAAAAGGAGAUCGUUGCAAAAGGAGAUGAAGUUAUUUUCGGAGAAUUCUCCUGGCCAAAAAAUGUCAAGACUAACUAUGUCAUUUGGGGAACUGGAAAAGAGGGACAGCCUAAAGAGUACUACACUCUUGACUCCAUUCUUUUCCUGCUCAACAAUGUGCAUCUUCCUCAUCCGUCCUAUGUGCGGAGAGCUGCAACAGAGAACAUCCCUGUUGUAAGACGACCCGACAGAAAAGACUUGCUAUCCUAUCUCAAUGGAGAAAGCUCGUCCUCAACGAGUAUCGACAGAAGUGCGCCCAUUGAGAUUGGUCUACAAAGGCCGACACAAGUUAAAAGGGCAGCGGAUGAAGCGUCGUCAGAGGCUAAAAAACCUCGGGUUGAGGAUGAAGAGCGUGUGCGUCUGGAUAAGGAGCGUCUGGCGGCUCGUCUCGAGGGUCACAAGGAAAGCAUUGUGCAGACGGAUCAGAUCAGGUCUCUGUCAGAAGCCAUGUCUGUGGAGAAGAUCGCUGCCAUCAAGGCUAAAAUCAUGGCCAAGAAGCGCUCUACUAUCAAGCCUGACCUGGACGAUGACAUCACCCAGAAACAGAGAAGCUUUGUGGACGCAGAAGUAGACGUGACCAGAGACAUUGUGAGCAGAGAAAGAGUGUGGCGGACGAGGACGACGAUUUUACAGAGCAGCGGCAAGAACUUCUCCAAAAAUAUAUUUGCCAUCCUACAAUCAGUGAAGGCGCGGGAAGAAGGCCGGGCCCCUGAACAGAGACAGACUCAGAACCAAACUCAGGUGGAUCCAGCAACAAGAAAUAAACAGCCAGUCCCAGCUGCCUACAACAGAUACGAUCAGGAGCGAUUCAAAGGAAAAGAGGAAACGGAGGGUUUUAAAAUUGACACUAUGGGAACCUAUCACGGUAUGACGCUGAAGUCAGUGACGGAAGGAGCAUCUGCUAGAAAGGCCCAAACACCAGCCAUGCAGCCUGUUCCCAGACCAGUCUCUCAAGCAAGACCCCCUCCCAACCAAAAGAAAGGUUCUAGAACUCCCAUUAUCAUCAUCCCAGCUGCUACAACAUCUUUAAUCACAAUGCUCAACGCCAAGGAUCUCUUGCAGGACCUCAAAUUUCUCACAUCAGAGGAUAAGAAGAAGCUGGGCAUCCAGAGGGACAACGAGGUUCUUCUGCAGAGACGUAAAGAUCAGGUUCAGCCAGGCGGUGCCACGCUCAGCGUCACUGUACCCUACAGAGUGAUCGACCAACCGCUCAAACUGGCCCCACAGGACUGGGAUCGUGUAGUGGCCGUCUUCGUCCAGGGUCCUGCCUGGCAGUUUAAGGGCUGGCCAUGGCUGCUGCCUGAUGGAUCUCCUGUGGAUAUAUUUGCCAAAAUCCGAGCCUUUCACCUGAAGUACGAUGAGGCACGGACGGACCCGAACGUACAGAAGUGGGACGUGACCGUGCUGGAGCUGAGCCACCACAAGCGACACUUGGACCGGCCUGUCUUCCUCCGCUUUUGGGAAACACUGGACAGAUACAUGGUCAAACACAAGGCCCAUCUGAGGUUCUGAGCCUGCUGUCAGCUCAUCUUCCCUCCCUCCAGAGGCCUGUCAAGAUGGACUACUAGACCCCCGUUCCUCUCAGCCCCCCUGAAAGCACUUUGCAUUUCCAUCUGCUUCACCUUCUGCUGACACCAGUAUGAUUUGUAGUCUCCUCCUCCACCUGGAGAUGAACAGGUCAGGGUGAGCAAGAGGAAAUUUGGAUGUUUGGGUUGGUCCUUGUCAUGUUUUCUCAGUAGAUUUGUAUUUUUCAAUUGUAAAGCAGUUGGUAUUCAAGGCAGAUUCAAAAGGAGAUAUUGAUGCUUUUUUCCCCCUCUUUUUUUGUAAAAACAUGAGCUGGAUAAUGGAGAACCAUUAAAAAUGGUGACUCGCCGAUAUGAAUAAAAUGACUUCUACGUCUAAAAGCUCUUGUAAUAAUCGA